GGUAGUUUUUUUUUCAACCAUGAAAAUUAAUAAAGAUCACUACAGCAACUAUGAAAAGUUCUUUAACGAUCAAUUAAGAAGAUUCAUGCAUAAAGGCAAAUGGCGAGGAAAGAUCCUAGGACUAGGUUCAUGGUGUUCUGAUUGGUUUAUGUAUGUUACAUAUUGUGUCUUGCAUAUACGUGUUUGCUGGUUUGGUGACUUUUAUGUUUCGUGGUGUAAUUAGUGUGUUGACUAAUAUCCUGUUAGCAAAUCCUUCUUAAGAUUUUAAGUAAUAGAUACAUUCCUUGGUUAUUACUUCUUGAAGAAUAUGUAAGAAAGGAAUCAGUCAUUGCCUUUAGCCACUAUUGAUGUCAUAUUAUUGUUGUUGUUUCCAACUUUUUACCUGCCUAGAAGUUUUUUUUCCAAAUUUACAUCCUAGGCAAAUAUUGGCGUACAUGAGACUUGAACUUGGAUAAGCCAAAAUGCCACAUGAUAUUGAUUUAUUAAAUUAUAUGGUUAAGUAGUUUUAUAAAGCAUUGGAUUUUCUGAGGAUAGAAAACUGUUUCCAAAGUGUAAUCUAUGUCUUGUAUGCAUGAGCAUUCACAAAGGUUUGCACUGAGUUUAGAAACAUUUGCCGUAUGAAAAGGCUGCACUAGGUAAAUUUUAAUCAUUUGUUUAAAACUUUUCUCAAAGCCACCAACUAAUGCUGUCUCUGAGAAAACCAUUCGACUAUCCAAUUUUAGUUUGUCAGCAUCUUCCAUUAUUCUCAAUUCUAAGUUUUGAGUCUAUCACAUUAUUAUGUGAUUUGCUGAAAAAUCUGACAGUAGCUUUCAGAAGUGAUCAGUCCUCUACGGAAUUAGCUUUUUUUUAACUACACCAAGAUGUUUAGUAGCGCAAACUCAUUAUCCUUUUUUAACCUUGGCAAGACUACUCUCAGUUUAUAUUCAGUUUGUUCUUUUCUUAUAGGCACCCAAAUUGUUCUUGCUGGUAUGGUUAAGGAUUGCACAUCUGGAAGCCAAAUAUUUCAGAUUGAGAAGGUGAAAAUGUCUGGAAAAGCCCUCAGAGACCUUAAUGUACUCCCAUCAUCUGGAUUGGAUAAGAAUUCAGAUAUAUCCGGCAAGGGAAGUUUAGCCAAGUCAUACAUUGAGAAUAUCAAUGACAAUGGGCAUGAAUUGCAGAAGAAAAAUAGCCCCCUUUUCUCUGCUACACUAAAUAAAGUUGAUAUUGUAAAGAGCAAUGGACUGGAAACAGUAAAUACAGAAGUUGAGUACAUAGACUCGGAAAACCUGGCUGAUAUAGCAGAUGUGGAUGCAAGUUUUAACACACUGUUAGCUAGGUUAGACUCAAAGGACUGGGUAUCUACAUGUGAAGCACUCAAUAACGUGCGCCAGUUUUCAAUAUAUCAUAAGCAAAAGCUGCUUGAGAUCUUUGGAGCUGUUAUCCGAUUGAUUGUGAAGUCACUGAAAUGUCCAAGGAGUGCUGUCUGCAAAACGGCUCUCAUGGCAUCUGCUGACAUUUUUAAGGCUUACAAUGAUAUAAUUAUUGACUCAAUUGAUCCCUUGCUUGUCCAGUUGCUACUGAAAUCCUCACAAGACAAGCGCUUUGUUUGUGAAGCUGCUGAGGUAGCUUUAGUAUCAAUGACGACUUGGGUCUCUCCCAUGCUGUUGUUGCCAAAGUUGCUGCCUUAUCUUACGAACAAAAAUCCUAGAAUACGAGCAAAGGCAUCUAUGUGCUUAAGCAGGAGUGUGCCUCGACUUGGGAUGGAGGGGAUUAAAGCAUAUGGAAUUGAUAAGCUAAUCCAAAUUGCAGCUGCUCAGCUCAGUGACCAGCUUCCUGAAUCAAGAGAGGCUGCUCGGGCGCUUGCCAUGCAGCUGCAGGCCAUCUAUGUCGAUUCUCAAGUCUCCCAGUGUGAGGAUUCUGUAAAGUUGGUGGAUGCUGAUUCAUGGGAAGCUUUUUGCCAUGCAAAACUGACACCUUUGAGCGCUCAGGCAAUUCUUCGUGUCACGGCUACCCCAAAAGAGGGUCUUGCAUUGAGUUAAUAGCUCGAAGAUGAUUCCGCCUCUAUGCAUUUAAUAUUUUUGUAAAUGCUAUGACCAUAGAAGAAAAUAUCAAGGAGGCAUUUUGUAAAAUUGAUCUGAUAACUUGCAUUCGAGUUACUUUGUUGUAUAGAUUUCAGUAAUUCUUUGUUACUUGUAUCGUCGUUGCCGAUGUUGAUUAUGGUAUAGCCAUUUUGGCGAUGAUACUUACAUCGGCCAUCUGCCUC